AGAGAGAAGAGGUGGGGUUUCUUCCACUGGCAUGUUGCUAUAAAAACUUCCAGUGGAAUGCAACUUGAGAAAAGUUGGCAAGUCAGGCAGCCGGCCUUCUCCUCUUCAGGGACAUAUGAGUAGAUCACACGGCACAAAGGAUAUUCAGCUGAAUAUCACUUCAACUGUUGCUGUGCAAACACACGGGCUUCCUGUCACAAUCUUUACAGAACUCCAGCCACUGAUGGCGCUCCCUGAUGAGACGUCUGAGCAGGGGAACCAGCAGGCAGACAAGAAGGAAAAUGUUCCCGUCCAGCCUGCAGGACCGACGAGGCUGCAAAAGGCCAGAGCUCGCUUCCUGAAGGGAGUCUCCUACUUCUCUGGAGACAUGAAAGCGUUUGGAAAAUGGAUGGAAAAACGGUGUAUUUUACUGCAGUUGUUGGACUGGAUUUUACGUGGAGCCUCUCAGGUGAUGUUUGUGAACAACCCUCUAAGUGGCCUCAUCAUUUUCGCUGGACUCAUACUUCAGAACUACUGGUGGGCCCUCAACGGCUUUGUAGGAACACUCGCCGCCACUGUUUCUGCCCUCAUUAUACGACAGAACAGGGGCGCAAUAGCUGCAGGGCUGUACGGUUACAACGGCAUCCUGGUGGGCCUGCUGAUGGCGGUGUUCUCCAGCACAGGAGAUUGGUACUGGUGGCUGCUACUUCCCAACACUUUCAUGUCCAUGAUGUGCCCAAUCGUGUCCAGCGCCUUGGCAUCCAUAAACAGUCGCUGGGAUCUGCCAGUGUUCACUUUGCCUUUCAACAUCCUGGUGUGUCUCCACAUGGUGGCCACUGGACACUACAACAACCAUUUCCCACAAGUCCUCAUUCAGCCGCGCUCUGAGCUACCCAACAUCACCUGGUCUGAGAUCGAUGUGCCCAAGCUGUUCAUGUCAAUUCCUGUGGGAAUAGGUCAAGUCUAUGGCUGUGACAACCCCUGGACAGGAGGAAUCUUCAUCAUCUCCCUCUUCAUCUCCUCCCCUAUCACCUGCAUUCAUGCUGUUCUGGGAUCUGCAGUGGGCAUGGUUUCAGGCCUGGCUCUGGCUGCUCCGUUUGGAGACAUUUAUUUUGGCUUGUGGGGAUACAACUGUGUCCUGGCAUGCAUUGCUAUCGGAGGGAUGUUUUACGCACUCACCUGGCAGGUGCACCUGCUUGCCAUCACAUGUGCUUUCUUCUGUGCGUACCUCAGUGCUGCCAUUGCUAACGUUAUGUCCAGGUUUGGCCUGCCAGCCUGCACCUGGCCUUUCUGUCUGUCUGCCCUGACUUUUCUCCUCAUCACCACGGAAACCCGAAAGAUAUUCAAACUGCCGCUGGCCAAAGUCACUUACCCUGAGAAAAACCUGUGCUACAUACGGAAGCUGAAGAAGCAGGAAAAACUGGAGAAGGCUGAGAAACUGAAGAAAGAAUGUGAGGAGGCACAAAGGGUCCUGGAAGAAGAAGAAAUGCUCAAUGCAAAAGAACAACUCAGGCUUGCGCUUCACAAAAUGGAAGAAGGGAGAAAGAUGAACGGGCAGCCAGAUGUUAAAAAUGAGGAGAAAGAAACUGAGCACAAUGUGCCACACAGUGAAAAGGUGACUACUGAAGACGAAACCGGACAAGACAACCCAUCAGAGGUCACAGAAGAGAGUCAUGUGUAACUGAAAUGCUACUUUUUCAUCUACAAACACUGUUGUGUAGUUGCUGACUUGCACAAAUGAAAAAUGGAAGCUGAUUCUUGAACUGGAUGAAGAAUGCAAACAUAAUCUCUUGCUCUUUAUGAUGUAAUUGAAGGAUUGGGUCAUAUUUAGUACCUAUUCAUUUUUUCUAAAGCUUAAUGUUAAUGGCAUCAUUGUAUGUAUUUUUUUUAAAUAAAACAUUUGUUAUGAUCAGUACAGUUGAUUAAAAAUGGUUGAUUAAAAUGGUUUAUUAAAAUGUUUCUGAAAGCA